CUAAGAAUCUUUACUUGAUUGGUCUUAACAAUGAUCAAAAAGUCUAAAUCGAAUCAAAAAAUUAACUAAUACGAAAUUAUAAGUAAAUGAGCUUUUAAUCAAACACACAACUUUUCAAAAUACCAUUCUUUUUAAAUCUAUUACAAACAUUUAUGAUUAAUUCAUUUGAAGUAACGAUAUUCAGAUAAUCUAAAGGAUAUUUCUUGUUUUUGCUCCAACUUUCCAAAAAUUCACUUAAAUUUUCUUUAGUAAAUUUCCAAUUUUCUUUAAAAGUUAACUUCGACAAAUCAGGCAAAAUAUUAUUAUUCACUAAAAUAUCAAAAAUGUUUCUAACAUCUACUAUGUUAUUAUUUUCUACAGAUUCAGUAUAUUCAGUAGAUAUAAAUUUAAUUUCUUUCAAAAAUCUACAUUUCUUUAAGAAUGAUUCCAAAUUUAAUAAAAUAUCUUUUCUAACCCAUACUACAACAAAUUCUAAAUAUGGACAACAUUGAGAGAUAAUACGUAAAUAAUUAUUUAUAGAUUCUGUUGUAAGAUAUUUUGGAUAUAAAUCAAGAUCUAUUAUCUUCAGAUGAGAAAGAUUUCCUUGGGAAGAAGAUGAUGAUAAAAUAAUAUUUGAUAA